CAUUAGUUGAUCCCUCCAAAAUUCUACUUCCUCCACUUCAUAUUAAACUUGGUUUGAUGAAACAAUUCGUCAAAGCACUGGAUAAAGAAGGGGAAUGUUUCUUAUAUUUAACAAGUAAAUUUCCUAAUCUAUCGGAUGCGAAGUUGAAGGAGGGAGUUUUCGAUGGUCCACAAAUUCGUACUAUGUUCAGGGAUGAAACGUUUAUUACUAAGAUGAAUGAUAUUAAGCGUUCUGCUUGGUCAAGUUUCAAAAAAGUUGCACAGAAAUUCUUGGGUAAUCACAAAAGUGGAGAUUACGUGCAAAUCGUAUCAGAUAUGAUUCACAACUUCAAAGAGUUGGGCUGUUUAAUGAAUCUAAAAUUACACUUUCUGCAUUCACACCUUGAUUACUUCCCACAAAAUUUAGGAGAUUACAGUGAAGAGCAAGGGGAGCGUUUCCACCAGAAUUUGAAAGUUAUGGAACAUCGAUAUCAAAGAAGGUGGGAUAAAAAUAUGAUGGCAGACUAUUGUUGGAUGUUGAAAAGGGAAGAUACAAAUGAAAAUAAGAAAUGUAAAAGGAAUCCACUACACAGAUCAUUCGAAGAGAAAAGGGUACACAAAAGUCUAAAAAAUGGUUCCAACUUUGCUAUAGUAUGCAGAGAAGAGGAUCAGGAAGAGACUAUACGAUUUGGAUUUCACAAUCCAAGUUUCACAAAUUUGGGAUUGAAGUAA